GAAAUGUGAUUUUUUUUUUUAAUGUCUUUUAAUCAUUGGCUACAUACACAUUUUUUUGGUUGGCUUUCUAUUACAAAAGUAAUGUAGGUCAAAAAAAUGUUCACCAUAACAGAGAUAUAUAAACUAAAAAGAAAACAAAAACAAAAAACAACAGUCCUUUAUGUAACCUUUCCCCCAAACCUUGUUAAUGAUUUCUGCCAAAAAACAGACAUGUACACAGGCCCAUAUAUAUUGCUUGCUUCUGGCAAAGGUGGGAUUUACUUCAUAGCUCUGCGGUGGUGGUUUUAAUUGAAGUGUCACACACGGAGAAAUGUGCACACGCGCUCCGUGUACGAAUCUAUGAAUCACCGUGAAGCACACACCUGGGAGAAGAAACGAGGCCGGUCCCCCCGAAGCCCCCCUCCUCUCCUAACACCUUUGCCCUCCCCUUUUCCAGGCGGCCACCAUCCUAACUUCUCAUCCGUGGUCUGUUUUACCUCUUCUUGAACCUCAUGAACUUGGACCUGGGCUCCGGAACGCGUGCAGGGACACCCGUGUUCCAUGUCCAUCCAUGCUGUCUUAUGGCCGCGACAUUGGCAGUUUGUUCCUCCAGGGGCUGUCUCCAUCCAUAGCAAAAUGUAACUUUGUUGUAGAUGAGCGUAAGCCUCACCCCGGAGAGCGCUAGUGCGGCUCCAGGUCCAGAGCAUGGAGAAGCCCCAGUACCGAGGGACCUUGCACUGCUUCCAGGCCAUCAUCAAGCAGGAAAGCGUGCUGGGCCUGUACCGCGGCCUGGGCUCGCCCCUCCUGGGGCUCACCUUCAUCAACGCGCUGGUGUUCGGCGUGCAGGGCAACACCCUCCGGGCCCUGGGCCGGGACUCGCCGCUGAACCAGUUCCUGGCGGGCGCGGCGGCAGGCGCCAUCCAGUGCGUCAUCUGCUGCCCCAUGGAGCUGGCCAAGACGCGUCUGCAGCUGCAGGAGGCGGGGCCGGCCCGUACGUACCGCGGCCCCGUGGACUGCCUGGCGCAGGUCUAUCGGCGGGAGGGCCUGCGCGGCGUCAACCGGGGCAUGGUGUCCACGCUGCUGCGCGAGAUCCCCAGCUUCGGCGUCUACUUCCUCACCUACGACGUGCUGACGCGCGCGCUGGGCUGCGAGCCGGGCGACCGCCUGCUGGUGCCCAAGCUGUUGCUGGCGGGCGGCACGUCGGGCAUCGCGUCCUGGCUCUCCACCUACCCCUUGGACGUGGUGAAGUCGCGGCUGCAGGCGGACGGGCUGCGGGGCGCCCCACGCUACCGGGGCAUCCUCGACUGCGUGCGCCAGAGCUACCGCGCCGAGGGCUGGCGCGUCUUCACGCGCGGGCUGGCCUCCACGCUGCUGCGCGCCUUCCCCGUCAACGCCGCCACCUUCGCCACCGUCACCGUGGUGCUCAGCUACGCGCGCGGCGAGGAGGCCCGGCCCGAGGGCGACGCCGUGCCCGCCGCCCCGGCGGGGCCCGCCUUGGCCCAGCCCUCCAGCCUGUGACGCCCGGGCCCCCGGCACCCGAGGGCCCGAGCUCUCCCGGGGCCGCUUUUCCAAAACGCAGCCUAGACAUAAAUUGGGCCCCCGGCA